AUGAUGCCAUUGCUUCUUUUGAUUAUUUACGUUUGUAAUCAACACAGCCAGUAACUAAUUCAUUAACAAAAACCAUAAACGAACCCUUUCAAAAUAAAACUUAGGUUGGAAGACAUUAUCAUUCAUUAAGCGAAUGAGAUUCAACAACAUUAGAAAUUAGAAACAAAAGUGUUACAGGUAAAAGAGGAAGAACAAGAAAUCGUACAAGCUUAUAUCAGAAAGGAAUAUUUGUAUGAAAUAUUGAUUUAGAUUAACAAUAUUGACGUUUGAUGAGAUAUUGGAAAGGCUCAGGUAAGACAUGAUAACAGAUUAUUUUAAUAUCUACAGAAGAUAGGAUAAUUUUUGGAAUUCUAUGUACAAUUGA